AUGAGUUCUCAAACCUAUUGGAGAAGUAGCAUAAGGAGGAUUUGCGUUGAAGGAUACGACACUUCGCUCCCUGCCAAUGAUGUCAACUUUGCUUUGAGAGACCACUUCUCUUCCUGUGGAGAGAUGACACAUGUUUAUAUCCCCAAAGGCGUUAAGAGGGGUCUUCUCAACAGGUUCGGGUUCGUUUACGUUCGGGUAGAAGGUGCAGAAGAGAGGGUGUUGGGACUUAGUGGACGUGACAUGGGAGGACGGAUUAUAGUCGCCAAGCCUUACCCGUUUCAUGAAACGUACCUUGAACCUGAGGUGGCUCCCCUGAGAGCUGCAGAUAGCCCACGGCAACGCACGAUGGUAGUAACCGGAUAUGACACUCGGCUUCCUAAGGCUGUUGUCGAGAGCAUGCUGCGUAUGCAUUUCUAUCUUUGUGGAAGGCUAUCUUUUGUGCUUCCCAUGGUUUACCUUUGGGGGGAGGACAGAGUAGAGACGGCGCUGCAACUUAGUGGACGUGAGGUCCGUGGAUUGAACAUUGUUGUUGUUAAGGUUUGUCCCCCAGACAGAAGUUUCGGGCCCUGUGGCUUUACCCCGCUCGCCCCUCCUAUCUACAUGUAA